AUGUACAUAUCCGACUAUGUGGAAAGCUGUCCUGAAUGCAACCAAUACAAGGCUACCAACAAAAAGCCAACUGUACUGCUAAGAACCCCUGUCUAUUCUCAGAGUUUUGAGAUCAUAUCUAUUGGCUGGUUUGGACCAGUGCCAAAAACUGACACUGGGGAACAAUGGAUCUUCAUUGUCGAAGACUGUGUUCCGCAAUGGGUUGAAUUAUAUCCUCUUGCUCAAGCUACAGCAAGCGACUGCGUUAUAACCCUCAUUGAAGAAGUAUUCAUGCGGCAUGGUAUACCACGAAGAAUCAUCCGCGAUAACGGAACCCAAUUUAUCACUGCAGUCAUGCUACAAGUUUGUUGCACAUUAAAUAUCAAUCAAAACUUGAUACCAGUUUACGUUCCUCAAUCAAAUCCUGUAGAACAGAAAAAUAGAGACUUAAAACCUCGUUUUUUCAAUUCUUGUAGGAGAUGUACAGGAAAACUGGCAUUCGAAACUCCAUACACCAGCAUUCAAGCCAUACACCAACAUUCCUAA